CUCUCUGUUGACACAGAAAGACAUCCAAUUGAGUGACACUUUGCGAGACAAUGGAUGACAACGAGUCGCUUGUGAUGGAGAAGUUGGAGUGUCUUAAAGAGAUCAGGACUCGCACUCUUCAGUUGGAGAAACUGAAGGGUCGGCUGAAGUCAGAGGUGGAGUCGACGGAGACGGAGGAGCGAUGUCUUCAGGAAUAUCGGCGCGAAAUGGAGCUCUUGAUUCAGGAGAAGAUGGCACACGUGGAGGAACUGAGACAAAUACACGCAGACAUCAACGCCAUGGAGAAUGUGGUGAAACAGGGCGAGGAGGACCGGAACCGACACCUAGAGAACGCCAAACACCUGCACCAGGAGUUCCAGCCGCUUAAGGACCUGAUCGACAAACUCCGGUCAGACAUAGGUCUGCCGCGACUGCCGGAACUCCACGAGGAGUGCGACAAAUUCAAGCCCGAGUUCUUCGACAAACAGAAGCUGGAGUGGCAUCAGAUGUGUCAGGACGUGGUGAACGAACAGGUGAUGCCUCAGCAGCUGAUGGCGGCCACCGCUGCCGCAGCGGCACAACACAUGCAUUUGGCCGCCUCGAGGACCAAGCAGUCGAUGUCUGUCCAGCAGAAUCAGCCGCAGCCGCCCCCUCACCACCAGACUAUGAACGCGUCGGUUCCCGAGCGCCCGACUCCCGCCGCGUUCCGACAACAGCCGCCGCCCAUGAAGUCGUGUCUGUCGUGUCACCAGCAGAUCCAUCGCAACGCUCCCAUCUGUCCGCUCUGUAAAGCCAAGAGUCGGUCCCGUAAUCCCAAGAAACCGAAGCGUAAACUCGAAGAUUGA